CUGUGUGACUUACUUUAUUAUACAGGAAAUUCUUAUAAACUUGAGUUUGUAAAAAAUUGAAAAGUUGGAAACUUCUUCUGGAAUUACAGAUUUGAAGUCAGUCAAAGUUUAUAAUUACAUUUCUGUCACUGAAGGGUGUAUGACUUUGAGAAAAUUAAGUAUUCAAGCCUGUUUUUUCAACUAUAAAGUGGGGAUAACAGUGCUUGUAAUUGUAAAGACAAAAUGUUAUACACUGAAUAUGAUUCUCUAUAUAUGUGCAUAUGUAGAUAUAUAUGUAUGUGUGUAUAUGUACAUAUACAUAUAUGUGUAUAUAUACAUAUAUAUAAAAUGUCUAUGUAAAUAUGGAAAUAGCAUGUGAUAUAUAGUUGUACAUAACAAGUAAUAGAUGUUCUUCUUGCAGUGUUAACAUUUCCUCUCAUCAAAAUAUUUUGUGCCAUGUAAUGAGAUGGAGGUCGUCUAGGAAGGAAUAGGUUUAUUGUGGAAAAGUAAAAAUUUAUAUUUUUUUAAUGUUUAUUUAUUUUUGAGUGAAAGACAGCACAAGCAUGGGAGGGACAGAGAGAGAGGGAGAGAAAGAGAAUCCCAAGCAGGCUCCACACAGUCAGCACAGAGCCCAGUGUGGGGCUCGAACUCACGAACCAUGAGAUCAUGACCUGAGUUGAAGUCAGACGCUUAACCUAAUGAGCCACCCAGGUGCCCCCAAAUUUAUCUUAAUACUUAAUUGAUACCCGUUUGGAAAUGUCAUUUAGGUAGUUGUAUACAGAGAACCAUUCAUAAAUUUUUCUUCCACUUUGAAUAUGUAAAUUACCUUAAGUGAUUCUUCACUUAGGAAGCAUACUUUAUGCAUGACUUUAGGUGUGUGUGUCUUUCAUGGAAUUCUCUUUCCUCCUCUCUUGUUCUCUCCUUUGUCCUUUAAAACUCAGCUAAAGUACUGCUUUCUCUGGGAAGCCCUCCCAGAUCCCAUGUUGAUUAAUGUGUUCUGGCCCAGGGCGCCCAUAAUCUAUGUGACUAUACUUAUAGUGACACUUAUUAAAUUGAUCUGUAAUGGUCUGGCCACCUAUGUGUGAAAUCACUGAGAGUAACAAACUAUGUCUUAUUCAACUGGGUGAUAUCAAUGUCUUUGACAGGUUUGACAUCAAUAGUUUUCCAUGUGCAUUUAAAAAAUUUUUUUUACAUUUAUUUGUUUUUGAGAGACAGAGACAGAGCACAAGUGGGGGAAGGGCAGAGAUAGAAGGAGACACAGAAUCCCAAGCAGGCUCCAGGCUGUGAGCUGUGAGCACAGAGCCCGACAUGGGACUUGAACCCACAAACUGGGAGAUCAUGACCUGAGCCGAAGUCGGACGCUCAACCAACUGAGCCACCCAGGCGCCCUUCCAUGUGCAUUUUGAAUUGGAUAAAUAAAAAAGAUUAAGCUUAUAAUGCACUUAAAACUUUUCCCCUUUGUUUUAAAGGCAAAACUGUUUCUAAUAACUGAAGGCAGCACCUAUAAGGAAUAGAAGAACUAAGUAAAUGGAACCAAAGAACAAUGUGACUGACUUUGUCCUCUUGGGCCUCACACAGAAUCCAAAGGAACAGAAAGUACUUUUUGUUAUGUUCUUGCUCUUCUAUAUUUUGACCAUGGUGGGCAACCUGCUCAUUGUCUUGACUGUUUCUUUUAGUAAGACCCUGGACUCACCUAUGUACUUUUUUCUUGCUAGCUUAUCAUUUAUGGAUGUCAUUUAUUCCUCUUCUAUUUCUCCUGAACUGAUUUCAAAUUUGUUCUUUGGGGAAAAUACCAUAUCCUUCCAUGCUUGUAUGACCCAGCUAUUUACAGAGCACUUUUUUGGUGGAUCAGAGGUCUUUCUUCUGCUGGUGAUGGCCUAUGACCGCUAUGUGGCCAUCUGUAAGCCCUUGCAUUAUUUGAUUGUCAUGAGGCAAUGGGUGUGUGUUGUGCUCCUGGUAGGGUCCUGGGUUGGGGGUUUUAUGCAUUCAGUAAUUCAACUUAGCACUAUUUAUGGGCUCCCAUUCUGUGGUCCCAAUGUCAUUGAUCAUUUUUUCUGUGACAUGUACCCCUUACUGAAACUGGUCUGUACUGACACCCGUGUCAUUGGCCUGUUAGUGGCGGCCAACGGAGGACUGAUCUGCACAAUUGUGUUUGUGCUCUUGCUCAUCUCUUAUGGUGUCAUCUUGCACUCUCUAAAGAACCUUAGUCUGGAAGGGAGGCGGAAAGCCCUCCAGACCUGUGGUUCCCACAUCACUGUGGUGGUCUUCUUCUUUGUGCCAUGUAUUUUCAUGUACGUGAGACCUGCUAAGACCUUCCCUAUUGACAAAUCAUUGAGUGUGUUCUAUACAGUCAUAACCCCCAUGCUGAACCCCCUGAUCUACACUCUGAGAAAUUCUGAGAUGACAAAUGCUAUGAAGAAACUCUGGAGGAGAAAUGUCACAUAUUGUAGUAAAUGAGCACAUCAUCCACCAUGAAGAGAGUUACUUGACAUUAGGGUUCAUUUCUUUAGAAUUCAGAAGUCUUCUAAAAUCUGAUUCUGACUUUCCUUUCUUCAAAGAAUUUAUGAAAAUUAUAAUUAACGAAUGAAGUAGAUGACUGUGCUGUAAUAAGUGUCCCUCCCUGCUAGAAUGUAAGGUCUAUAUCAUAUUGUAGAUCUCUUCACUUAGGAAUGAGUAAUGGCUUUCCAGCAACGAAUCCAUAAGAGGUAAUGAAUUUGUGAGGAAAUUUUUAUACGAUUACACUAAGU